AUGUGGAAAGCAUGAAUUGACUUUGUGCAGGAGUUGAAUUGUGUCUCGUUUUGUGAAAACCCCAAAGGAAGUAAUUUUUCUGUGGAUUUUUUAUAUGCUGGCUAUCCUUUCUGCACUCGUGAUACACAUUAAAUGAAAUCUCCAGAUUGCUUGAAGUAUUAUGGUGCAGUUUGAUGUUUGUUUUGGAAGAAAGCUGUAUGUUGACUAGUAUUGUGUGGAGCAAACACUGAAUUUGACUUGGAAGCUCAUAGACAUUGCUAAUGAUUACACAUGAGCAAGAUCCUGAUGUUGUCUGGUGGGGUCUCCAGCUUUUUGACAGUGAUCCUUUUCCAAAUUGUGGGUAUUAUGGCAAUAUAACACAAAACAAUGCAGAGUAUUAUCAUGAUCAAUAUUUCAAAGAAGACCAUUAUGAUGUGGGAUGUGGCAAUGUCGAGAAUGAUGAGUUCAUCACACAUGCUUUUCAAGAACUAUCACAACUUUCUGUUGCAGAACCACCUGGUUCCUCUGAUGAAGGGGUCACAGAAUAUUUGCAAGCACCAUUUUACUCGCAUGAUUGGCUUGGCCAAUCGAUGGAAAACUAUAGUUAUGGACAUCAUAAUGGUCAUGAAGAGACAGAUGAUACAGGACCUUCUAGUUCAUGUUCUAGCCCCGGUGGAAAGUCAAACUGUGGGGAAGAAUGGUCAUAUUCACUAGAGCUCAUGGAUGAGCAUGCUUUUGAUGGUGAAGUGGGCAAAAGGUUGAAUGAGAUGGUUCCCAUUCCUGUAAGUGUGGCAUAUGUGCAGUGCCAUUGUUAUGGAAUGUUUGAUGCGUGUAUUAAUUUUCAAUAAUCAUAUUGUUUUGGU